AUGUCAAUGCUUGUGAAGCGGCUACCUGAGCUCUCCAAGAUACCUCACUACUAUGGAUAUCGAUAUAUGCUCAACCCAGCGGUCCAUAACAAAAUCUUCGACAAGUUACAGCUGCACAAAACGUAUCUCAAUCCCGGUAGGCUGAAGGUCUUGGACCUGUAUCCGGGUCCUGCACAGCAUUCUGUAAUAUUUAAUAACCGUCUCAAACCUGCUCAGCAUGUAUUGAUGGAUGCGCGGCCGGAUUUCGUCAAACACAUCGGGGCUUUAAUUUCAGAUGAGGAAGUCAAUAGCAGCACAAUUGAGCUGUACGAAGGUGAUCCUUAUGACUGGGACUCCUAUACCAGUAUGAUAGAUGAGCAUAAAGUAUUGACCCCCAGUAUCAAAGGACUUGAGGCAAUUCACGACGAAUUUUUGGUGAUGGCGAACCUGAGCGGUAUGAUUGGUGAAGGAUUAUUCAUGCAAUGGUUAGCAUGCAUAGGAAAUCGUAACUGGAUUCAGCGCUUUGGCCGGGUUAAGCUGCUAGUAUGGGUACAAGAAAGUACAGCUGUGAAAUUGUUAGCAAAACCUGGUGAUCAACUGCGAUCGAAAUGUUCGGUAGUUACAGAUGCUUUUACUAAUACUAAAUUAAUAGCAACCAUGGAGGGACGCAGCCCAAGGGACUCUAAGUUCAACUCAGAUUUGCUAGCGAAGCAUGAACCCAUUUUUUUCAGUGCUAAAGACGUUUGGAUGCCCAGUGGAAAGCCUAUAAGUUUGAUCGAAGUAAACCCCAACAAUCACCAUGUCGAUCUUGAUAAUUUCGACUAUGUUACUAAACAUCUACUCAUACUCAAAAGUACCCCCUUGUCCAGUGCCCUUGACUCCUUAGGUCACGGCGGUAAGGAAUAUUUCCGAUCUGUUAUCCGUGACGAAAAACUGUUACAAAAAUGCCCAAAGGACCUAACGGUCGAAGAAUUCAUGUAUUGUACCAAACUUUUUGACUUAUGGCCCUUCAAACCUGACAUUUACAUGGACUUUAUUGAUGUAUUCCAGGACAACGAUUGA